GGUCCUUUACUUUUUUACUUAUCCUUGCAAGCGAUCAAACAAUACCAACAAGAAACAAACAACCCGACAACCAAAAGCGGCAAAAACUGCCACGAACAGUAAAUAUGCACAGGAACAUUCUGGCCUGAUCUUCCCAUCCACCAACCUCCGAUGUGGUCAGUGGCCAACAUCGUUACCUCGUCUAUCCAUCAACCUCCGAUGUGGUCAUUUUUUUCUUUGGUUAGUUUCGCCUCCCCCGCUGUCUUUAUUUUUAAAAAUCGUUCUUCACAGAAAUGCUCUGCCCACAUUCCGACAACCAUUUUUGUGUCGAUUGCAUUCUUUCUCACAAUUCAGUAUUGAUUACAUGGCUAUCUUUAUAGUACCCCAACCGUGGCUUCACGGAAAACGUUUAAGU